AUGGCGAAUCAAUCUUUAAAACAUUUGUUUAAACUCUACUUCCCGUUCCGCUCAUCUAAUUGUAUUUCGCCUCCAGGAAAACAGCAAGUGUGGAGAGCUGAUUGCAAAUUCAAAAUGGUGAAUGAUACUGCCAAGACUUUCACUCCUUAUCGAAGGCUUCUUUUCCACACCCCGAGGAACCAAUCUUUCCCCCGGAAUUGCCAGAAAUUUCCGGCAUGCUCAUUUAACUACAGUGGGACAAAAAUUGAGCUUGAUUGCGUCAUUAGGGAUUGUCUCAACUUCUCACAGUUCGGUCACCGCCUCUCAGCCGCUCUAUUUCACCUACACACCGAGAUUCCAGCUACUUCUGACCCUCGCUUAUGGGUACACCCACCGCUAAUUAAUCACCUGAAGAGGUCAAAAUACUCUCUAGCGCCUCUCAUGACCUAUGCGAGCCCCGACUUCUCCCGAGAUCGAAAGUGUUUCACCGCGCCCAUCCUGAAUAGGAAAUCGAUUUCUGACUAA